CACCCAAGCUGAGCCCUGGCAGUGGCCAGCCAGCCGCGGACAAAUGGGACAGUCACAUCUGCUCCCCAUACUGGGACUCCUAUUCUUCUCUCUUAUUCCAAACCAACUUUGCAAGAUAUGCGAGGUAAGUGAAGAAAACUACUUCCGCCUACACCCUCUGUUGAGUACAAUGACCAAUUCAAAAUAUACCACGGGAACCCAGUCUGCUGAUGUCCUGCUGUCGCUCAGACUGGUCGGGAUCCAGAACCAAACCCUAAUCCAGCCACUCUCUCAACAGGUCAAAAAGUAUGUGGGGAGGAAAGGGUCAAAUCUCAGCUCGGGACAGCUUGCCUUGAUUACCCUGGCUUUGGGAGCAUGUCGCACAGCUGAUGAAAUCUUCAUAUAUGAGAAUCAUCUACUCGGCCAUUUAGAAAACAAGCUCCAGGCAGAAAUUGAAAAUAUGAAAGCACACGACGGCAGCCCCCUGACUAACUACUACCAGCUCGGCCUGGGCGUGUUGGCCUUGUGCCUGUUCCGUGGCCAAUACUCUACCAGCCAAGUUGCUGAACUCUUCGCUCCUGAAAAUAAAAACUAUUAUUUUCAUGGCCAAUUCACUGUGGAUACUGGGGCAAUGGCUGUCCUGGCUCUGACGUGUGUGAAGAGAGGUCUAAUAAAUGGACAGACAAAGACAGAUAAAAAGGAUUUAAGGAGCAUUGAUGAUCAUAUACAAUCACUAGUAAAAAAGAUUUUGUCUGAGAAAAAAGAAAAUGGUCUCAUUGGCAAUACAUUUAGUACCGGAACAGCUAUGCAGGCCCUCUUCGUCUCGUCAGACCAUUACAAAGAAAGUGAAUGGAACUGCCAACAAACUCUGGACACAAUACUCAAGGAAAUUUCUCAGGGAGCGUUCACUCUUCCAGCUGCUGCGGCCCAGGUCUUAACUACCCUCAUGGGAAAGACCUACUUGGAUGUUGACAAAGACUUUUCUUGUGCCAGUGGCUUAGGUAACUUCAACAUCCCCAGUCAUGAGCCUGACACCACAACACCUCCUAACUCACCCACGAAUAUCUCUGUCCAUUAUUCUGUGAAAAUCAGUGAAAUAUAUUCCACCACCAUCACCGUGCCCAGUGGUUCUGUCUUCCUGGACGUGAUGGAGGAAGCUCGGAAAAAGAAUGAGACUGUAUUUGGUUUCACAGUGGAACAGAGCUCAUGGGGCCCCUACAUCACUUCUGUUCAGGGCCUGAAGGCCAACAAUAAUGACAGAACCUACUGGGAACUUCUGAGCAAUGGCAGAUCAUUGAGCCAAGGAGUUGGUAAUUAUGUUGUCCACAACAGCGAAGGUUUGGAGGUUCGUUGGAGCAAAUAUUAACAACCCAGGCCUUCGUCACAUGGACUGCCACAUAGAAUUGACCUUGUGCCUUCAUUUUCAUUUAUCCCAAUCCCGACAGGACAAUCAACAACCUCCCCAUCUGUCUCCCAUGUUCAAUAAAAGAUCCACAGCUGUACAAAGA